CUCAUUCACACACUUCAUUCAUUCUCAUUCACUCACACACCCCUAUCUAUCUACCACCUUCCAUUUCUUGCUUCAAUGGCAUUUGUUAAUGUCAUCAUAAACAUGUUUGCAUUGUUGGUUGUGGUAGUACUUAGUUUGUGGAGUGGUGUUGGAGCUGAGCCACAAGUUCCUUGUUACUUCAUUUUUGGUGAUUCUUUGGUUGAUAAUGGUAACAACAAUGAACUAAACUCUUUGGCUAGAGCUGAUUACCUUCCUUAUGGAAUUGAUUUCCCUGCUGGACCUUCUGGUAGGUUUUCCAAUGGGAAAACUACUGUUGAUGAAAUUGCUGCACUACUGGGAUUCGAUGAUUACAUUCCUUCCUAUGCAUCAGCUAGUGAUGAUGCCAUACUCAAAGGAGUAAAUUAUGCUUCUGCAGCUGCUGGAAUUAGAGAGGAAACCGGACGGCAACUGGGAAGCCGGAUUACUUUUAGUGGCCAAGUGCAAAAUUACCAAAACACUGUGUCACAAGUUGUAAAUUUACUAGGAACUGAGGAUCAAGCUUCAAAUUACUUGAACAAGUGUAUUUAUUCAAUUGGAUUAGGUAGCAAUGAUUACUUGAACAACUAUUUCAUGCCUCAAUUCUAUGACACAGGCAGUCAGUAUACACCAGAAGAGUAUGCUGAUGAUCUUAUUCAAUCAUAUACUGAACAACUUAGAACUCUUUAUAGUUAUGGAGCAAGGAAAAUGGUACUAUUUGGGAUUGGUCAAAUUGGAUGCAGCCCAAAUGAAUUGGCCAUGAGAAGCCCAGAUGGUGUAACAUGUGUGGAGACUAUCAAUUCAGCAAACCAAAUUUUCAACAGCAAACUCAAAGGUGUUGUUGAUCAAUUUAACAAUCAGCUUCCUGAUGCAAAACUUAUCUACAUAAAUUCUUAUGGUAUUUUCCAAGAUAUUAUAAGCAACCCUACAGCUUAUGGUUUUACCAAUACAAACAGUGGAUGCUGUGGAGUAGGAAGGAACAAUGGUCAAAUAACAUGUCUACCAAUGCAAACACCAUGUGACAACAGAAGAGAGUAUUUGUUUUGGGAUGCUUUUCAUCCAACUGAAGCUGGAAAUGUUGUUGUUGCUCAAAGAGCUUACAAUGCUCAAUCUCCAUCAGAUGCUUAUCCUACCGAUAUUAGCCGCUUAGCUCAGAUGUGAUCUAUGAACAUGGUCUUGCCAGUAGCAAAUUAAAUUCUGUCACUACCAUAGUUAAUGUUCUUGGAGUGUGUUGUUUCAUUUGAAGAAUUAAGAAUUUUAAAUGUUCUUUGACUUCUAUCUUUGUUGUUACAUAUUCAUAUGCUAAGUGUUCAUAAAUGUCUUCACAAAAGACUAUGUUGGCUUAUCAA